AUGUCGUCCGUUACUGUCACUCAACGUAGACCGUCGUCUCAUCAACCUCAGAAGCCCAGCUUCAAGAAGGCCAUUAACACCUAUGGUGAGGAAUUUAUUGCUCCUCAGUUCACUAUCAAGGAGAUCCUCGAUGCAAUUCCUCCCGAGUGCUACAAGCGUUCUCUUCCUCGCUCCUUGGGAUAUGUCAUUAGAGACGGUAUCUUCAUUGGUUUGUUUGGAUAUCUUGCCAUUUCGUACAUCCACUUGAUUCCCUGGUUGUCUGUUCGUGUUCUUGCUUGGGCUGCUUACACUAUUGUCCAAGGUUUGUUUGGUACUGGUUGGUGGGUUUUGGCCCACGAGUGUGGCCACGGCGCCUUUUCCGACUACAAAUGGGCCAAUGAUACUGUUGGAUGGGUCCUUCACUCUUUCUUGCUUGUUCCUUACCACUCGUGGAGAAUUUCUCACUCUAAGCACCACAAGGCUACUGGUCAUUUGACUCGUGAUAUGGUUUUCGUCCCCAAGGAGAAGGAGACCUUUUUCUCUAUCCGUGGUAUCAAGGCCAAUGCCGAAGAUACUCCUAUUGUUACUUUGUACGGAUUGAUUCUUCAACAGACUUUCGGCUGGCUCAUGUACUUGACCACUAAUGUCACUGGACAAAAGUACCCGACCCGUUCCAAGUGGGUUACCAACCACUAUGUUCCGUCUUCUCCUAUUUUCGACAAGAAGGAUUUCUACGAUAUCAUUAUUUCUGAUAUUGGUAUCGGUUUGACCUUGGGUGGUUUGUACUACUCUAUCCAAAGAUGGGGUCUUUCUACCGUUAUCCUCAUGUACGUUUUGCCCUGGAUGUGGGUGAACCACUGGUUGGUCCACAUUACCUAUCUUCAACACACUGAUCCUCGUUUGCCCCACUACGACGCUGAUGAAUGGAGUUUUGCCCGUGGCGCUGCUGCUACUGUUGACCGUGACUUUGGCUUUAUUGGCAAGCACAUCUUGCACGAUAUCAUUGAAACCCACGUUCUCCACCACUACGUUUCCCGUAUUCCUUUCUACAAUGGACGCAAGGGUACCGAGGCUAUCAAGAAGGUUUUGGGCAAGCACUAUGUCAAGGACGAGUCCAACUUCAUCACCUCGCUCUACAGAGUAGCUAGAUCUUGUCAGUUUAUUGAGGGUGACAACGGUAUUAAGAUGUUCAGAAACAUCAACAAUAUCGGAGUUCCUCCCACUAACCCUGGCAAGCGUCUUUCCGACGAAUAG